AAGAUCCGACGGACACUACUUUCCGUCUGCCAUAACGAUCACCUUCCCUCGUCGCUCAUCCACAGCCUGCCGUCGGCCUUGUAGGCAUCCAAGAUGCCCGCUGACAGCAAAGUCAAAAGGGGAGCGAAACCACAGGCAACACCCAUCACACCGCCCAGUAAGAAAUUCAAGCAAGCGGCUGUCACCCAACAACGUCCCAUAUCCUCUUUUUUUCACUCACCUGUUAAAAGCAGCAUCAAGGGCAAGGAGGUCAUUAUCAUAGAAGAUUCAGAUUCAGAUGAUUAUCCUGAGUCCUCAACCCAGGCGGCGAUAGCACAUGACGGGAAUGGUGAUGUGGAAUCAUCCAGAAACCAUGUUCUUCAACUACCUGAAGAGAAUCAGAUAAGCUCCCUCAGCUGUGUAAAGGAGAAAGAUGGACAUGGUAUGGCCAGUACUUCAAAAGUUUUUCAUGAAAGAUCGAAGACAACGCCCAAUGGGACGGCUAUCUCGUCACGAACGGAAGGACAAAGUGAUCGAGUGCACUACUUCUCCCGAAAAUCCCAGAGAACAAUAACUGGGGACGAACCUGUUCCUCCCUCCAGUAUCACUACUUGUGCUUCAGAAGACUCGGUUCAAAAUAUAGAUUUUGAUCGCGACCCUCUCGCCUUCGAUCCGUCCCGGGUUAUAGCAACUUCCUGGCCCAAGGGUCGUUUACCGUACAGUAUUCUCGUCAGCGUGUAUGUACAGCUCUCCAGUACAAAGUCGCGAUUAGCUAUCGUACGAAUCUUAACAAACUUCCUUCAUUUGCUCAUGCACACUUCACCACCUGAUUUGACACCUUGCCUUUAUCUCCUUUCCAAUCACCUUACCCCUUCCUACAUCCAUUGUGAUCUUGGCAUUGGAUCUUCUAUAUUGUCCAAAAGUAUACAAGAAAUUUCGGGCCUUCAAGCUCGCGAUCUCAAACACCUAUGGCAAAAAUAUGGCGAUCCUGGCGAUGUUGCUUUCGAAGCGAAAAACAAACUACGAACUUUGGUGCAACCAGCUCCGCUUUUGGCUGGAGAAGUGUAUGAUAAGUUGCUGGAAAUUGCGAAAGUGAAGGGCAGUAAUAGCGGGAAAAUAAAAAAUGAGCUAGUCAGAAAGUUGUUGAUUCGGGCCAAAGGAGAGGAAGUCAGAUUUCUUGUCCGAAGUAUAGUAGGCAACUUGAGGAUAGGUGCCGUCAGGCUGACCCUUCUGACCGCCUUGGCACGCGCCACCACUAUAACACGGCUUCCAGCUGACCUUAAGCAGUCUAUAAUACCCCUUCCAAGGGCUACAGCCAACGAUGGCAGGAAUGAUAAACGCUCAGUCAUUACUAAAGCACCUCCAGACGUUGCCCGCGAUUCCGCAGAGACUCUCUGUCUAGAUGCCAUACGCAUAGUACGGAAAGUGUAUGUACGACAUCCAAAUUACGAAGAUCUUGUAGCCGGCCUCAAGGAAGGAGUUGAAAGUUUGGAGGAUAAAGUGCCUGUGAGCGUAGGGAUUCCACUGUCUCCCAUGCUGGGGUCCAUCACAAGAUCACUGAACGAGGUGUUCACGAGACUGGGACAUCUUUCGUUUACAGCAGAGGCGAAGUUAGAUGGUCAGAGAGGACAACUUCAUAUCAGACUGGAUGGCCCGGAAGGAAAAGAUGAUGGAGGGGGGAGAUGGGUUUAUGCGGAUAAUGGUACUAAAGUUUGGGUUAGGCUAUUCAGCAGGCACUUGGAAGACAUGACCGACAAGUACCCCGAUAUCUGUCACCUAGCUCUUGAUCUUCUCUCGCGACCCCUUGCAACAGAAAGGCCGCCAUUCCCAGCCGUUUCCAGUCGACCAUUUUCAAGAGUCAUCGAUUUACUACACAUCAAUAAUAUCACAUCAGUGGUUAUGGAUACCGAGAUUGUAGCACUGGACAAGGAUACCGGUAACUUUCGAACCUUUCAAGAACUGUCUAACAGAGCGAAAAAAGACGUGAAAAUGGAGGAAAUUAAAGUUAUAGUUGGGGUCUUUGCUUUUGAUUUAAUGGUGCUCAAUGAUGUCUCAUUACUGGACGUCCCUUUUUCACAUCGGAGACAUCUCCUUCACAGUCUGCUCCCCCCUUUCGCUCCCAAUUCAAAUGAAGUUGGACACCCAGUGGCACGUUUCACACAUGUCGAAUACAUUGAUUCUGUCCAUCUCACUGAUCCUGAGGCGGAAUUGCAAGCAUUCUUCGAGAGGGUUGUGGAAAAAAAGUGCGAAGGCUUGAUGGUCAAAUUGCUGGAAAACGGGGAAGGCUUGGCUGGGGAAGAGGCGACAGAAGAUAGUUUAGGUCAAGAAGGGGGCCUGGAAGUUAAGUCGGAGCAGAAGAAUGGGAGUAAGAGUAAGCGUCAACCUCUUCCCGCUACAUACGAGCCAGAUCAGCGCAGUCAAGGUUGGCUCAAGGUAAAGAAAGAUUAUCUAGAAGGGUUAGGGGAUUCUCUCGAUCUCGUGCCCAUUGGCGCGUGGUGGGGUCAGGGCCGUAAAGCGGGUUGGUGGAGUCCUAUUCUCUUAGCCUGCCACAAUCCUGAUAGUGGCGCCCUGGAAGCGGUCUGCAAAUGCAUGUCCGGGUUUUCUGACGCAUUCUACAAAGAUCUUAGCAAGCGCUAUCCUGCCGAAGGAAUGCCGAGUAAAUGCAGCAAAAUAGCACCUAUUGGAUUUGUAAAUACGAACGGCUUAAUACCAGACGUGUGGUUUGAGCCUAGCGAAGUAUGGGAGAUUAAAGGUGCUGACAUCACCCUCUCUCCGGUCUAUCCGGCGGCUUCAUCGCAUCUUGGAUCUGAAAGAGGGUUGAGUGUCCGAUUCCCUCGUUUCAUACGCAUGCGAGACGACAAGACAUGGGAGGACGCUAUGACAAGUGAUCAGCUUGCCGAUAUGUACAGACGCCAGAUAAAAGAAGGCGAGAAGACAACCAAAAACUAGCCAGUCAUGUUAAUUCUCAACUUUGUAGAGAUCUAUAAUGAAAAACAUGCGCCUAUACAUUGCGCAGAAGUUGUAAUGCAU